AGCCCUAAAAUAUUUUUUUUGUGCCACACAAGAGGGAAGAGGGUUUCCUCUUCUUCUUCCUCGCGGGGAUGGGAGCGCGAGCUCCAUCGCUGCAAGAGCUUUGCAUCCACACCGCCAUCGAUAAUCUCCACAGGUUUGGCGAUGUCGGCGACACGGAUCUGGAUCUCCUGCGCAUCAUCCUGCCGCAUUGCACGACGGACCAGCUGCGGCACAUCGAGAAUUGUAGCAAGGAUAGGGAUUUGGCACCCGUGACGAACGAGCUGUGGAAGAAAUGCUACGGCCGUGAUUUUGGCCCGCAUAGCUUGGAGCUUGUGGAGUCCAAAUUGAAGCAUGCCUCCAAGAGCCAGUUUAAGUGGAGGGAUUUGUACGAGGCGAAGCUCAAGCAUCGCGAAGAGAAGCAGCAAAAAGGCGUGGAGUUGCUCCAACGGUUACACAUGGAAGAAGAAUCCAAGAAACAAAGCAGGCAGCUCAAGCGAUGCUACAAAUCUCCACCGGAGCCGAAGAGAAGCUUUGGCAGUGGUGGAUCUUCUGGCGCUUUCAGCAAUGUUAAAGGCCGCCUCAUGAGAAAGGCUCGAGUAGAGCACGCCGCCAGCCGAGAAGCAAAGAUGAUGGCAUCCAUAAGGAAGAAACACAAGAGCGUCUAAGCAGUUCUCUCUUCUAGGUAGCGUGUAAAUUCUUCCAGCAUUCUAACAAGAAUUCCUUCCUAGA